CACAGGGGCGACUCCUCUUCCCGGGGCAUGCCCUCCAGCUCGUACCGGGAUAUGCCAGGUGGCUUCCUGUUUGAAGGGCUCUCUGAUGAUGAGGAUGACUUUCACCCAAGUGCCAGGUCCACGCCCUCGAGCAGCACACCCAGCUCCCACCCAGCUUCCCUGGGGUACAGUGGAGCUGCCGGGCCCCGGCCUAUCACCCAGAGCGAGCUGGCCACCGCCCUGGCCCUGGCCAGCACUCCGGAGAGCAGCUCUCACACGCCAACUCCUGGCACCCAGGGCCAUUCCUCAGGGACCUCCCCAAUGUCGUCCGGCGUCCAGUCAGGGACACCCAUCACCAAUGAUCUCUUCAGCCAAGCUCUACAGCAUGCGCUGCAGGCCUCCGGACAGCCCAGCCUUCAGAUGGAAACUUUAAUCUUCAGGAAAGAAUGAAGAGCAUCGGAAAUGUUAUUGAGGACUUCCCUGGUGGCACAGUGGUUGAAAAUCCGUCUGCCAAUGCAGGGGACACAGGUUCUAUCCUGGAUCCGGGAAAAUCCCACUUGCCGAGGAGCAGUUAAGCCCCUGUGCCACAACUAAUGAGCCUGCGAGUCACAACUACAGAGCCCACGUGCUGCAAC